UAUUGCGAUAUUGAUCACAAUUAUAAAAUCAAGAGAAGAGCUAUCUAGCUAAGCUUUUUAAAGGAAACAAAGUUAAACAAGUCAAAUCUUACAUUAUGAUACAAUUACGGAUUCUUACAUUUACGACUUUAAUCAUUGAUAUCGUAUCAAAAAAGGUAACAUCACAAUUUACGAAUAAUACAGAUAUAAUAAACAGUACAGAGUACGAUGAUAAAAAUAAUACACAGCAUAUUAACAAAGAGAAAGACAGUGACGAUGAAGAUAUUUUGAUCAUCAUUAUUAUAUUAAUCAUUUGUACAGCCCUAAUCGUUCCACAAAUAGCAAUAUAUAUGUAUCAAAAAUUCAAUGAAAGAAAUGACAACCAUAGAAAUAUAAAUCCAUGGAGUUAUUAUAACCCAUGGUUUCUAUUAAAUUAUCUUACAAGUCUCCCUGCAAAUAUGGCUAAUGCUGAAUCUAUUACAAUGCAACAUAUAGACGCGUAAGUGACAAGAAGCAAUGUAGCCAUAUGGAGGAAUACGAUAUAACGUUAAAUACUCUAACGAGAAAUAUGCGAUAAACAAAAUAUGAAGACAUAUAUAUAAAUUUAUAUAUAUAUGUCAGUUAAAGAACGUAUUAGGUGUUUGCAAUCCGUGUAUAAAUACACGAUCUGGCGCAUUCUCUUUAGCGCCGAGAUAAAAUCAUCUACGGUUGUGUUAUCCCCGAACCUUCUAAUGUAUUUGUUAGCAUUUUUUAAUUAUAAAUUUAAAAACAUUUCUAAAACCAAAUUUGGAAUUUAGGUUUCUAUUAUUUUUGUAAGUUUUAUUCAUUAUUAGAUAUUAUCUUAUUUCUUCUCAGGUACCAAUAUGUAUUGUUUAUCAACUUUAAUUAUUUAUUAU